CGCCCCGGCUCGGGCGGCUAUAAAGGCAGCGCGCGGCGUGCUCCGCUGCACCACGCCUCCUCCGGAUCCUGUCAUCCAGCCGCCUCUGUCUGCCGACUCCAGCCUCCAGCCACUGCCUCGGCUCGCCAUGGACCCCAACUGCUCCUGCGCCACCGGUGGUUCCUGCACCUGCGCCGGCUCCUGCAAAUGCAAAGAGUGCAAAUGCACCUCCUGCAAGAAGAGUUGCUGCUCCUGCUGCCCCGUGGGCUGUGCCAAGUGUGCCAAGGGCUGCGUCUGCAAAGGGGCAGUGGAAAAGUGCAGUUGCUGCGCCUGAUGUGGAGGGAGCCCCGCUUCCACGUGUAAAUAGAACAACAUGAAGAAGCCCGGAUUUUUUUUUUUUUACAAUCCUGACCCAUUUCCUACAUUUUUUUUCUAUAAAAUAUGUAACUGACAAUAAAAGUUGUUGACUUGG